UUGAGCAGCAGGUUGCAUAUCGCCAGAAGCUGGGUCGGUGGCGCCGUGAUGCAUUGACCACAGUGAGUGAUCCAGUGUUCUGGUUUGUAGUCGACGUGAUGUGUAUUGUGCACGCGCCUGGCACGCAUUUUCAAUUGUUCUUACAACGCAAACCAGAUGAUGUGUUCGUUUCCGGCAACCACAUGGCACAACUCGUGGAGGGUGGACUCGUGGAUUUCAACGACGAGUACACAGAUGUGGUUUUGACGUACGAUUGGCCAGGCAGCUACAAGAAGGUGCAGGAUGACCCACGCAUCGAUAAUGGUAUGUGUUACAAUCUCAUGCUUUUUGCACUUGAGGAAUUCUUGCACCACGCGGCCUCAUUCCACCGCCGCGUCUUCCGCGAGUUCAACAGGUUCUCGGACUCGGAGGCGGUCACGCUGGCGGCGGGCUCGCACAUCAACCUGGCGUCGGCCGUGUGCGGCGACAAUUCUCAGCCACCCGAGGCGUGCGUGCUUGUGCUGCCCCAGAGUGCAUUCCCCACGUGUUACUGGAUGAAGAUGUUUCUCUUGUGGCUUGAGUGCGAGCUAUACAGGCUCACGUUCAACGAGGGUGCCAAUCAACAAUUGGAGUUCAUCGCCCACGACUGGACCCCCCCCGCUGCAGCCGCGCAUGCCGGCAAGUCCAGGGGUGCACACGAUGAUGCCAAAGGGGUCGUGCUUGCUAGCUCGCUGGAUGCUGUGACCGAGCUUACGUUCAGUGGGACUGUGAGUCUGAAUCGGGGGCCCCGUUCGUUCCUGGUCUGCGCGCUGAAGGUCCCGGCGCCAGAUGAGAGGGACUCCCUCGUCCUGGGCGUCUACGUGACGCCCGAGAAGGCAAGCUCGAUCACGUCUGCAUGCCCUGUGCCAGCUUGGAUGGUAUCUAUUGUGUCUGAUCAGAGUGCUGCCAACAUGAUCGUCAAUCAGAGACUCACCAAGCUCGAGUUGCCUUCUCACCUGUGUAUCCCGAGUGCUUCUACCAUCACGAUCCAGGUUACCUACCUCUCGCCGUCGACGCCUGUCAGCGCCGAGGACAGCGGGCCCACGCAGCUCACUCGGGUUGAGCUUGGCGGCGAGGUCCAGGCGAAGAGGAGGCAGUCGAGAUGUGCCAACCAGCCACCGAGUGAGGUAUCGUCGGUUUUCGGUGCCAGUGCUGCGUCGGCCUCGAUGGCCAAGAGAGCUGCCGCCAGUGCUCAGUCUGGCGCGGCGCCGGGCAGCGGCGGGCCUUCGGCAGCUGUGCGCGGCGCGAAGAAGGAUAAGCUAUUCCAGCAUCUGUUGAAUUAA